AUGGAAGAAAAUCAAUUAGAUUUUACCUCUUUACCAAUAUUGGAUUAUAGUCUCGCUCAUAGUCUUAAAAAAAAUGAAUUCUUAUCUCAACUUCGUAAUGCACUUUUCCAUGAACUUGUCACAAAAAUCAAAUCAUAUUCCAUUCAAUUGUUUGAUCUUCCAACUUCCGAAAAAUUACGAAUUGAAAUGUGUAAUUCACCACAUUUUCUUGGAUACAGUAAAUUAGCUGCAGAAAAGACUAAAGGUAUAGACGAUAAUCGUGAACAAUUUGAUUUUGGAGCAGAAGUUCCUUGUACUUGGAAAGAAGGAGAACCUAUAUAUAGAAGACUUAAAGGACCUAAUCAAUGGCCUGAUGAGAAAUAUAUUCCUGGUUUCAAAGAAACCUUGUUGGAAUAUAUUAAAAGAAUGUCUGAUUUUUCUUUAGAAUUUAUGCAACUAAUAGCAUCAAGUCUGAGUCUCCCUCCUGAUUCUUUAAAUAAAUUUCUAGACCCAUAUGAUAAACAGAUGAAUCGUUUAAAGAUUGUUAAAUACCCAUCAUUAAAUACAUUAACUUUGGGUUCAGAUGGUAUUGUACAAGGCGUUGGUCCUCAUAAAGAUCCUUGGUUAACAUUUCUUCUUCAAGUUAAUGAUGUAUGGGGUUUACAAGUUCAAAACCAUAAAGGUGAUUGGAUAGAUGUUCCACCAACUGAAGGAACAUUUGUUGUGAAUAUUGGGUUAGGAAUUGAAGCCGUUACUAGAGGGGCAGGUAAACGUCAUUACCCUGAAUUGUUUGCCGAAUUAGAAAACAAGAAUUGA